AUGGCUCGUACAUGGCAAGCCGCAAGGGCUGUUCCGUCCCCUAUGCAAGGAAGAGAGUAUGACUCACUUUCUGGGGAUGAAACCGAAAGGGACCCAUUAAUGGGCACUGCCUCCCAUCAAUCUGUGGCGUCGGCCCAUUCAGAGAGGGGAGAUUCAGGGGGACAUCAGGAUGACCCUGUCACUUCUCGGACAGAAGUGUCGCCGGCUGAAACAUUGGGUGGCCAAGGAUCAGAAGACAGGCCACCGCCAGUGACAUCAACGGUCACCCUGAAUCCCUAUUCGAACCCCAUAUUUCUCGAGAAAUUGGUCAAGGCAGUAGCAGCAGGGAUGGCUGCAGGGGAAGAAGACGCCGAAGUAGCAGGGCAUUGGUUGAGGAAGGUAGAAAGGGUUAUAGAUCAAAUGCAGGUGCCAGAGGAAACCCGAGUAGAUUGUGUGACCCAGCUGUUAACAGAGAGUGCCCACUCCUGGUGGGAGACCAUUAGAGAAAGAAGGGCAGGAGAAGAUUUGAGGUGGAGAAACUUUCGAGAAGAAUUCGAGGAACGGUAUUACUCCUGGCAGCACCGAAAAGAAAAAGAGCAGGAGUUCUUUGAUCUGAAACAGGGGAAUAUGACUGUCUUGGAGUAUGAAAGGAGGUUCCAUGAUUUAUCUAUCUUUGCCACCACCCAUCUUUCCACUGAGCAUCAUCGAGUGGAACGGUUUCGGGAUGGACUCAGGCAAGAGCUUAAAUUAAUUUUGGUGGCUAUGCAGUUUCAGUCGAUUCGAGAGUUAGUGCGAGCUGCUCAGGGUAUAGAAAGAGUAAUGAAUGACACACCAAGGCCAAAAAGUGAACAGAGUCAGACCACGGGAUUCAAAAGAAGGGAUUUCACACUUCCUAUAGGAAGGAAUCCUCCUCCGAAGAAAGGAAAGAGUGGGUCAUCAUUCGGGCCAUUACCGAAAAAGGGGGGAGUUUUGUUCAUGGUGGGAGUUCAGGAGGAGUUAGACGAGUUAAUGUUGGGGGAUCCGUGGGAGCCACACCAGGAAGAUGCUAUAUUUGUAGAGGGGAAGGGCAUCGAUGGAGGGACUACCAGUAUUUGGGAAGAGGUUGUUUCCAUUAUGGGGAAACGGGUCAUAGAAAGAAAGAAUGUCCAUAUAGAGUCACUGAAGGAGUACAGGGACAGGGGAUGGCUACCCAAAGCCAGCAACAGGACAAGUGCUAACAAAGGCCGACCCAGAUUCCAGGAGGAAAGGACUCGGGGCAGGAUAUACCACAUGACCCAGGAAGAUAUGGGGGCAAUGCCAGAUGUCGUAGCAGGUACACUACGAUUAAGUUUAAUACAAGCUUAUGCUUUAAUUGAUCCUGGGGCCAGUCAUUCUUUUGUGUCCCAUCGAAUUACUAGAAAUUUAAAUGUGUUACCAAGUAGAUUGAAUGUGGGAAUGGUAGUUAGUACACCUUUAGGGAAAAAUAUAAACAUUGAUGAGGUAUACAAGGUAGUGAUACUAAACAUUGAGGGGGCAGAGCUAAGGGCAGAUCUCAUGCCUUUAGCAUUAGAUGAUUUUGACUUGAUACUGGGAAUGGAUUGGUUGAGUAGACAUAGAGCACGAGUAGAUUGUUUCACAAAGACUGUAAACCUCCAAGAUGUGAGCGGAAAAAGGGUAGUAUUCAGGGGAGAGAGGAGGGUAAUUCCAAACUCCAUAAUCUCGGUCAUGACAACCGAAAAACUAAUUAGAAAGGGAUGCCCUGCCUGGUUGUCUCAUGUGAGAGAAUUAAAGAAGGGAAGCAUAAAAUUAACAAAUAUCCCUAUUGUAAAAGAAUUUCCAGACGUUUUUCCAGAGGAAUUACCAGGACUACCUCCAAUCAGGGAAAUUGAGGUUUCCAUUGAGACUCUUCCAGGAGUCAACCCUAUAGCACAGUCCCCUUAUAGAAUGGCCCUUAUAGAACUAGCCGAAUUGAAGAUCCAGCUUCAGGAGUUAUUGGACAAAGGAUUCAUACGGCUGAGCAAUUCACCUUGGGGAGCCUCGGUGUUAUUUGUAAAGAAGAAGGAUGGUACAUUCAGGUUAUGUAUCGAUUAUCGUCAACUGAACAAAGUGACGGUAAAGAACAAGUAUCCGCUACCACAGAUAGAUGACCUGUUUGAUCAGUUGAAGGGUGCGAGAGUAUUCUCGAAGAUAGAUCUGAGAUCGGGGUAUCAUCAAUUAAGAAUCAGAGAACAUGACAUACAGAAGACUACCUUUAGAACUCGCUAUGGCCAUUAUGAAUUCUUAGUAAUGCCAUUUGGGUUAACUAAUGCCCCUGCAGUAUUUAUGGAUCUAAUGAAUUGA